CCGAGUGAGUGAAGUGAGUCAGUGUGCACGUUUGUACAGUUAAAAUAGAAAUUGCACAACGCGGAUUAAUGUAACAGCCAUGUUUAUACUUUCCGUAUUCUGCAGGGCUUUGUAAAGCGAAUUCACUCGGCGAAUUCAGGUGUGGGCUGCUCACAGGGGCUUGUCACUGUAGAACAGUUCCUAAGGCCUUGGGCCCUCAUCGAAGACUGGUUACAGGAGUCAGAGGGCCUGGCAUGCCAACAUGGACGGGCACAACAGCCACCUACAACACAACUUUGAGGAUCAGAACAAGCUGUACUCGCUCCCUGGACAGGAAGAUCAGAGGAACAUGCCGGCCUAUCACUAUUGCUGCACGCUGGCCAACUUCCGGAUCGAGAAGAAGAUCGGGCGGGGCCAGUUCAGUGAGGUGUACAAGGCCACCUACCUGCUGGAGGGCAAGCAAGUGGCCCUGAAGAAGGUCCAGAUCUUUGAGAUGAUGGACGCUAAGGCGCGGCAGGACUGCAUUAAAGAAAUCGACCUUCUGAAGCAGCUGAAUCACCCCAACGUGAUAAAGUACAUGGACUCCUUCAUCGAGGACAACGAGCUCAACAUCGUGCUGGAACUGGCGGACGCCGGUGACCUUUCUCAGAUGAUCAAGUACUUUAAGAAGAAGAGGCGGCUGAUCCCGGAGAGGACCAUAUGGAAGUACUUUGUACAGCUCUGCAGCGCCCUGGAGCACAUGCACUCCCGCAGAGUCAUGCACAGAGACAUUAAGCCAGCCAAUGUGUUCAUCACUGCCACCGGGGAGGUGAAGCUGGGAGACCUGGGACUCGGGCGCUUCUUCAGCUCCAAGACCACUGCAGCGCACUCACUGGUGGGAACACCCUACUACAUGUCUCCUGAGAGGAUCCACGAAGGUGGCUACAACUUCAAAUCGGACAUCUGGUCCCUGGGGUGCCUGCUGUAUGAGAUGGCUGCUCUGCAGAGUCCAUUCUACGGGGAUAAGAUGAACUUGCUGUCUCUGUGCCAUAAGAUCGAGCAGUGUGACUACCCACCACUCCCGACUGAACACUACUCUGAGAAGCUGCGGGAGCUGGUGGGCCUGUGCAUCAACCCGGACCCCGACCAGAGGCCCGACAUCGUGUUUGUCUCGCAGUUUGCCCGGCAGAUGCAGCUGUGGACCUCCAGCACCUGAACCAGAACCGGGUCCGAUCACGUCCCGCUCUGGAGAACUUAAACCGGCACCGCGACCGCCCCCUGGCGCGGUCCACUCCUCUCGUGGUCUUGCCUGGACUCCCGGUCCUUCGGUUCUGUUUCUGAGAUUGGGGGGGGGCACCGUGUUUCAUGAACGUUAGAGAAAAGGGCAGGUUUUGCCCCGUUUUGUUUUUAAGUUUUAUUUGCUUUCUUUUUUGGAAAAAUCUUUUUACAUUUUCUAAUGAGGGCCUACAGAGUUCAUUCAACAUGGGGAUGAAAAAUUAAUAAACGUCAAAAAAAAUUAAUAAAAAUUAAAAAUAAACUUGAUACAAAGACAUUCUGUAAUUGCUUGAAUGGAAGGGGUGGAGCCUCAUCUUGAUUGACAGGACCCUGUGUGUGACAAUGCUGACACAGAGACCUCUGCAGAUGGCUGCAUUCUAAACUGUUCCCCACUUCCCUCCAUCAGACCUGGAUCAAAUACCUCGUUGUUUUAGAUUCACAUACUUUUCUAUGCUUUACUGAGCCCAUUAAAUACUCUCAAAAAGUACAAACCCCAAAACAAUGACAUAUUUGACCCAGGUGUGAUUUUAUAAUCUUUUUAUUUCAUAGCCAGAAAUCAAAAAGUUGCACAAAAACAUUACAUAUACUGUAGUAUUCAUAAUAACAAUCUGACACGCAAACACCUGUGCUCAGCCGCACAUACACACGCUCACACGCACACACACACACGCUCACACGCAUAGUUCAGUUGCAUUUUAGCAAGAACUCGCAUAUUAACUUUGCCGUAUGUUGUUCCAUUCCACAUUUCAUUCAGUAUUAGCAUGAAGCAUAUGGGCCUGUUUUUAUUUUCUUACACCAUUAUUACUGUAGGUAUUUAUAUUGUUGUUGUACUGUGCCAAACAAGCCUAGGGGCUAUAUAAGCCUAUAUAAGGUGCAGCGUAGGGGACUGUGUCAUUGCACACUUGUCAUUUGCUAUAAGUGCAUACUCCAUUAAGUGCCCACUUGCUGUGGGAAGUAGACAGUGGUUUGGAGUCUAACCUUGAAUUUUAUAGAACCACAUGUAGACCCUGGGCAAAGGAGCUGUACCAACCCUGUAUUUUUAUGACUUCAUAUUAAGUUUGACCAUUUUCUGCUCCUAUUUUGUAUUUUCCUCCUAUUUUAAAGACAUUACAUUUAUGUGCAACCAAAGUGCCUGAAAAUUGUGUUGUGGCUUACUGCUCAAUUCUGUUUUGUUUAGUUUAUUGUUACUCCAAAGUUAAUGUUUUUUACUCCCGUACUGGAGGGUAAUUUAGUGCACAAACAUCGCUUCAGUGCAUUAGCCUUAAUUUGGAUACUUCAAAUACGAACAAAUGUGCCUAAUAGUUCGCUGAGAUAGGCACAUUUAUGCCUGAACAAUUUGUUGAAUAAACCACAAAGAACUUGGAUCAUUUUGCUGAAUCGUUGCUGGUGGCCAAUGUGUUCUUGUUGCCACUUUGAGGUGCCACUGAGCAAACCAAACAUUAGUUAGCUGGAAAAAAGUAAAUUAGGCCUAAACUGGCCACUGCUGCCACACCUGGUCACCCUUGGAACUGCGCCUCCUUGUAUCAUUGCAGCUAUUUGUCUGACAAGUUAUUGCCACCAGCCCCCGAUUGACCAGCCUAUCACAACAAGAGGAGUGAACAACGAAAUACUACGGAACGAGAAUGCUCCUGCAAGGAAUCCUGGGAUUUCUAAACUUUUGGGACUGAUAUAACAUAUAUACCAUUUUACUUUUGUAAUGACGGCUUCACUUUUUUCAGUUAUAUUCUUAAAAGAGAACACUGUGACACAAUGCAUAACUAAAUGCUAUGUUUUAUAAAUAAAAAAAUGUUAGAAACAAGGACAGGUGUAGAAUGCAGGCUUACAAGCUUUGAAUCUCAUCGAUCUCUGCAAUACCUCAGUGCUCUGAUAUCAUGGAUGAAAGUCGGUUUAAAAUAACCUCCUUUUAAUAAUUUAAUAAUCUCUUGAUUUAAUUAUUAUGCAAUUUCUGUUUCCUUUAUCAAUCCCUAUUAAGGAAUAUUCUUUUUCAGAUUAACCUUUCUUAGAAGAAUUUGACAUUUGGUGUCACUGUGAUUUUUUAAUCUUGUGGUGUCAUGCUGACUUUGGUUUCUUUGUAGGUGAAAAUAAAAUGAAGACUAUAUUUCUGGAUGAUUUUA